AUGUGGCUCUAAACGUCAUUAUCAUUCUACUCGCUCUCUUUGAGCUCUCAGUGUGUAUUGUUGGGACUGUGUACUCCGCGCGCAUCAUCCACAAACCUACUGCAAUGCAGGAUUCCACUGAGGUUUACAGUGGUGGUGGGGUAGCCAACCCAGGAAUGCAGAGCCCGGGAGCACAAGUCCAAAUACAGAACCCAGCUCAGCCAGUUCAGGGGCAGUUACCAGGCGCCCCAGACCAGGGGCAGUACCCAGGGCCACCGACCCAGGGGCAGUACCCAGGCCCACCAGCCCAGGGGCAGUACCCAGGCCCACCGGCCCAGGGGCAGUACCCAGGUCCACCGGCCCAGGGGCAGAACCCUGGCUCACCGGCCCAGGGGCAGUACCCAGGCACCACAUUCCAGGUGCAGUACACACCAACCCAAGCCUGGCAGAAGUACUAAGCACUGUGUAAUGUGUCCUGGGCCCAACUUAAAAAAAGCUUUGCCCCGAAAAUGCUUAAAGGGAAAAUACAACAUUUGCAAACAUCGAAAAAUAAAACUACCAAAUCAUUUU